AUCCAUAUUCCCUAAUGAAUUUGCCUACCAUUUUAAUCAGAGCAGCAGCUUGCAAUUUAUUUCAAUACUAUUGGCCAGUAGCAAUACGCAUGUGCAUAGCAAGUGUAUUCCAAUGCUUAUUUAUUCAGUGUCUGGGUUAUUAAGUACAUAUUUUGGGCAAACGCAUGACGUUGAAGAAAUCAUAAUUUGUAGGGCUACCUGUACUUAUAGUUAUCCCAAAACCUUUAGCCUAAUCAAGACUUAAAGAAGUGGUUUACUCAUAUAGCAAACCGAAGAAACACUCAUAGACAUGGGCGAUACAGGAGACAAUUUUAGUUUAUAUGACACUUUUGAGGAGAUGUACUCCGAAAACGACAGACGCGUACAGGCGGUCAUUUUGGGUUUUAUCUGUAUUGCAGGAAUUAUUGGCAACUGCCUUGUACUUUUCUCUUUUAUGACGACACGUAAGCUGCAUAAUAACACCAACAUCUUUGUAGCAAACCUCGCUCUGUCAGAUCUGAUUGUAUGUUUGAAUCUACCAAUAACUAUUAUAGCGAUUGUUUCUGACGAUAAAUGGCCACUGCAUGAAGGUAUUUGUGUUGUAAAUUCAAUUUUGCUGAUCGUCUGCACCGGUUGCAGUCUAUACACUAUGGCAUGUAUUGCCCUGUUGCGGUAUGUGUAUAUAUCGAACUUCAAAUACAAAAAUGUACUGAAAAUGCAUACGUGCAUAUUUAUAGUAAUCUUCGCAUGGCUGUUUUCAACAACUUGCACAGUUUCACCAGUACUCUUUGGAUAUGUCAAAAUGGGUUAUAAUCGACAAUACCAUUCUUGUUCUUGGUCAACGGCUGGAAAUCAGUAUAGCCUUAUCAUAGCGGUUGUAUUUUACCCAAUCCCAUUUAUCUGUAUUUUUCUUUCCUACUUUUCAAUACUGCGUGUUGUGUGUAGGAAAGCAAAAAACGUUCAACCGGCGGCGAGUCAGCUUGCACGUAACAUCACAAACCGCAAUCUGGCGGUAACUAAAAAUCUUUUUACUGUCUUUUGCGUAUUUGUCAUGUGUGGUUUUCCGUACAGUUUGCUGAUAAUACUUCCAGACACUGACAGAGUGAUAUCGUAUGCCGCAAUUUUACUGAUGUGUAACUGCUUCAUCAAUCCAAUAAUUUAUGCUUUUAAACACCCAGAAUUCAAAAAAGUAAUCCCUGGUAUGAUAAUGUGUAAGGGAAUAGUCACACCAAACAAAGACUAAUAUUCCAGUUACAGGAUAUAUAUCAGCAUUUUCUUUGACGAUGUCGCACACAAAGAUUAAGUAUUUCGGGAAGUGCCCUUUUUAAUACAUUAAUACUAAUAGCCAUUUAGCACUGCAAACAUAGGCCCGAAAAUGAAGGAAAUUUCAUUUGGUUUACCAAAUUAUGUUUGUAGUGUCAGAAUGGCUAAAAAUAUAAAACAAACAAUUCAUUAUGUAUAAACAGGUAAAUAAAAACGCAUUAGAGUAAGUGAGCUAUUGGAAAUACAUUUAGAACUGUAUAGCCUAUAUUGUGUAACAUAUACAUUACCCAAUGUUUUUGUUAUAUAAAUUCUAUCUAUACUAUUUUAUUGUGAUAAACUACCGUUACUAUAUCACGUUAAAGCUAAUCAUUUGUUUCUAAUAGCCUAUUAUAUAUUAUCGAGCAUAAUAUAGGCCUAGGUCUAAUGUAUAUUACCGUAAUUGCUUUAAAUAUCGUAUAUUUUCAUACUUGGUGUUUUUCUUAAAUUAUUUUGAGACUUCGUUUUACCUUAACAUGUUUGUUAUGGUUUUUUUUUUUUUUGUUUUUUUUUUUUUUUUUUUUUCCUGCCUGAGAAGUGUCUAAUAAAAUAAAAAUAAAAAUAUUGGUAUUAGUGCCUAUAUCUUUCUUUGUAUAAACAAUAAUGUUAUUGCUUUACGUUAUUUACUUGAAAGCUAUACUAAUUAACCUGUACCACUUACAAUUGAUUGCAUUUGUUAUAUCAGUAUUGUCUCAUGUGACAUAUUUCUCAUUACAUUAAUUUGGAUAGGCCCUUGAAAUUCUUCACCAUCUUUAUCGGACUCCUAUUGGCGUAUUGUAAUCUCUGUAUGAAUAAACACAAUCAAAUCCGGGUACAGAUUGUU